UGUUCUUUUUCUCUCUCUCUCUCUGCCUAUUAUUACCUUAUUCAUAUAAAAUAGUUGGCUCUAUACUUAACUCCUAUUAAACUCAGGAUUUACCCUUUUCCCCCUUUUCCUUCUUCUUCUUUUUAUUUACAUAUAAUUGACAUAUAUAAAUUUAUACGCACAUAUAUACAUACAAAUAUAUGUUGUAAAUUUAUACACACAUACAUAUCUUAACUCUGCUCAUUCUAUAUAAAUCAAUAUACCACACCUAUCUUAUAAAUAAAAGACAGAAGCUAAUUGCUAUAUAUAUAAAAGGCAUAUCUAUAAUCACACACAGUUGCGCAUCUAUUAUAACGCUCGCAGUACAUAUAUAUCUAUCCAUUUCUCACUCACUCACUCACUCACUCUUCUCCAGCAAAGCUACGAAAAGGGAUAAAAAAAAGUUCUAUAAGUUGCCAUGAAACGAUCCAUUUUAUAUGAUGAGGAUAAACAAAUAAAUAACAGCAGCAGAUCAACUUCGCCUGAUAUACGAAAUAUUAAGCGUAAAUUGAAUAAUAAUGCUAUCACAUCAAACAAGAAAAAUAAUAGUAAACAAAGUAAAAAGAUAAAUGAGACAACAACAACAACAACAGCAGCAGCAGCAGCAGUUAGAAUAGAAAAUAUCAAAAAUCACGACGUUUGUGAUGCCUGUGGUGAUGUAGGUCGAUUUAUCUGUUGUGAUGCUUGCCCAAACUCCUUUCAUUUUACAUGCGUUGAGCCGCCUAUAGAUUCAACUGAUGUAGCUAAACUAAAAGAUAAAUGGUACUGUAAUGAAUGUGAAUAUAAAUACAAUAAGGCUAAAUUACCUAGAUCAAAUCCUAGAGGUUUAUUUCAAAAGUUAAUUGAUAAUUUAAAUAUAAAGAAUCCAAAAGCAUAUCAAUUACCAAAGGAUAUCAUUCAUUUCUUUGAUGGUGUAUCUGCUGAUAAGCAAGGAAGAUACAUUGAUACAUCACAAACUAAGCGAGUGCGAUACAAAAACGGUGAAAUGGAAAUUCCAGAUUAUCAUCAAUUAAAAAAUAAGAGCGGAAAAUUCAUUCUCUGUUAUUAUUGUAGAAAGACUGCUUUAAGAAAACCAAUGAUUGCUUGUGACUAUUGUAGUUUACACUGGCAUCUUGACUGUCUUAAUCCUCCUUUAGCUUCUCCUCCUAAUCCUGGAAAGAAAUGGCGAUGUCCAAAUCAUAUUGAACAUAUCAUUAAACCACCUAGGAAACUAAGAAAGAAAACAGCCUCUAUUAUAAAUGAUAAAGUACCUGCUUGCGCAUACCAUGAUUAUCUCAAUACAAUUAUAGAUGAUACUAUUGAAAUAAACAAGAACCCAAUUAAACAGAAGCAAAUGAUCACUGAUAACAUUAUUACUAGUAAAAAUGGUAUUGUUUAUCGACUUCCAGUACAAUCCAUUCAUUUUGCUGACUUUAAUGAUUAUGCUAAAAGGUAGAAAUAGAGAGAUGUAUAUCAGUAGAUUCUUA